AUGGUUGUGUUUCACAAUUAUUUGGGUGCGGUUGAAAUGCAUAUCAGGAGUUCAAUCAUAAAGCUAAGGUUGGAUAACAACCGGCUUGAACGCAUUUCAGAUGGAAUCCGAUAUUGUACCAACUUGAGAGAGUUGAACUUGUCGUCCAAUCGCUUGUCGGACUUGCCUGAAACGAUCUCCUUCCUCACGAAUCUCACACAAAUACAGUUGAAUUCAAACAAAUUCGAUCACUUGCCCGAGUCCAUUGCAUUCUGCUUCAAUCUACGAAAGCUCAUUCGUAACCCCAAUCUUUUCUUUCUUCCCAUCGAGCUUGGAUAUUGCACGCAGCUUUCUAUGCUAGAAGUGGACGAUAUUGUGAAUUUCCCUUCUCCGGAGACUUCCGCCUGCUAUCUCUCAUCUCACGAGCUUGAGAUAGGCGGCUUGCUUCGACUGGAGCAUCUACACCUUGACAACAACAGCUUGCGAUCUCUUCCUUCUUCCCUUGGCAACAUCACUACCAUUCGCGUUCUGAACCUGAGAUGCAAUGAUCUUGGUCUGUCUAUCUCAGAAGAUUUCAGCCGCACAAACUCUCUCGAAACAAAUGUUUCGCAGCCUCCGAUCAGCUACGACGACGCGUCCUUUCCUCUUCCUGUGUCGAUGCGAAGACUGAAGGUAGCAAAUCCGAAGACAUGUGGGCCCUUCAUCUUGAAAAUCUUGUUCUUGACUCAAAUCCUCAUCUGCAUCAGCCUCCUAAGGACGUACAGCAGGAUAGCUGGCGCACAAGCUGUGGUGAAGUAUCUUGAAGGAGUAAACCAAGUUAGGGAAGGAUCAAGCAUCGACGUCAGCGAGGCUGGUUUAAACUAUUUUCCACGAUUUGUCAUCGACUGGCGUUUAGUUCGCAAGGGAGCAGCAAAAGAGGGAGAUGCUGAAACAGGAGGGAGCAGCGAAGAUAUACUCCUGCUUCUCAACCUAGACGGAAACAAUCUCCGAGCUCUUCCGGAAGCUGAUUGCGGGCAAUACACCGCGUCAGUAAGACCAGCUGGACAGAAACAAAAGUCAGACGCCUCUGGAUCUCCCUCCCUCAUAUCAUCGGUCAAGCCGUCAAACUCGAACAAAGUCGCUCACAAGGAAGGGCUUUUUUCUCACAGAGAAGGAUUUGGUUUUGUCCUUCAGACUAUUGCGGGAGGCAUGAGGGCCCUGGAGACUGUCAGGCAUCUCAGCGCGGCAGGGAACAAGCUCGUCUCCGUUCCUCCCUCCCUUUCCUGCUUGACGCUUGAGCUUCUUCGCCUCUCGUCAAACUUCCUCGUCUCCCUGCCCCGCGAAAUUUUCAAGAUGAAAUCUCUCCGAGAGCUUUCCCUCAACAACAAUGACCUUGCUGAGCUUCCCACUUCCAUCAGUCUAAUGCCAGCUCUGCUUCAGCUGAGUUUGCGGGAUAAUCGUCAAGUUGCUGAGAAAUUUCCAGCAGGGCUCUUGCAGCAGUCUCUCAACAACGUCAAGCUGUAUCUCAGAAGGAUCGAGCAAGCUGGGCAGCAGCUGGACCUGUCGGGGCUAAUGCUCCAGGCGCUUCCUUCCAUCCUCCGCAUAGGCAUCGCACACACGCUGAGAGAGCUUGUGCUGGCAGACAACCAGCUCAGCGACCUUCCUCUCGACCUCUCCGCCCUCCACUCGCUCGAGACUCUUGACUUGCGACAGAAUCGCUUCCUUCGCAUCCCCGACGUUGUUUUCUCUCUCCUCGUUCUCAAGGUCCUCAAUCUCCAAGACAACCCCUUGCAGAACCUUCCAGAAGAAAUCCUGCAUGCCGGCUCGGACGCCAUCUUCUCCUACUCCCGCAGAGUGCGAGCUAGUCACAGGUCUGGCCUGCUGGACCUUCGUCAGCUGGGGUUGUCCAGUUUGCCCAGGCAGAUCUUUUCCUUGUCCCAUGUGGAGGACUUGGACUUGUCUGAAAACUCCAUCAGAAGCCUGCCGGACCAACUCUGCUGGCUCCUCCCAAACCUCACGCGGCUGAGCUUGAGGAAGAACGAGUUGCAGGCGCCGCUUCCUCUCUUCCUCGGACUUCUCUCAGCCCUUACCAGCCUAGACCUAGCACAGAACAAGCUCUCCUCCCUUCCUCUCGCCAUCGCUCAGCUCACCCGCCUAAAGACCCUCGGGCACGCGGGAAAUCCGCUGAGGAUGCCAACGGCAGCAGCGCUCGCCUCUGGCCUCCCCAACGUGUUCAAACUCUUCGGGCAGCUGGUGGCCAAGGGCGUGGGGAUGAGUCAGACGCGGCACGUGCGGCUGGAGGAGGGGAUGCAGUCGCUUGAUCGGCUCAGUCUGGCUCCCUACGCCAAGCCCGAGCACCAUGAAUGCGUGCUCAUACAGCAGGGACGUCGGAGAGGCUGCAGUCUUGAGGACGCGGUGCAGGAGGCGCAGGCUGGGGCGAUGAUCCUCUUACGCCCGGGGAGGUACAGGCAGCCGCUUCUGCUCCAGACGGAUGGGGUGACGGUGGCAGGAGACGGAGGCUGCGAGGAAUGCGUCAUAUGCUUCGGGAAAGAGCAUCCCAAGGAGAAUCCAGGAGGAGAGGAAGGGACCAGCUCUGUUUUCUCGACCAUCAUCAGCAAGGGAAGCGGCAUCUGCCUCUACAACCUGACGGUCGAAUGGGAUGGGGCGGACUCAGUGAUGUUUCCUCACGGUGUCGCACAAGACUCAGCAGCUGUUUUGGUGCUGCGAGGAGAUCUUGCGCUUGUCAAUUGUGUCGUUCAUAACCCGAGAGGAGCAGGCGUCAUUCUACGUCGGGCUGCAAAAGCAAAGAUCUCAGCCUGCAGGUUUGCAUCCUCGGGGACAACGGGGAUCGUCAUAGAAGAAGAGGUUUCAGCAGAGGUUCGAUUUUGUGAUAUCCUCAAGUCAAAGAAAUGUGCAAUCCUGUACAUGCGAGCAUCGAAUCCUCUUAUUGAAGGGAACAGGAUCGUUCACUCGGGCAGUAGCGGCAUCCUUGCUGCUUGCUCAAGCCUUGGCAUUAUCAAGAGCAACGACAUAGUGGCAAGCAAGAGAGCGGGAGUUGAGCUUCAAGACGGAUCGGACCCGGUAGUUCAGCAGAACAAGAUCUAUCAGAAUAUGUUUGGUCUCAUUCUUUCAGCCUCUCGAGGUAAAAUUUUAGACAACGUCAUCAACGAGUCAAAAUUUGCUGCUGUCUCCAUCUUGAAGAAGACAUGUACAGAGUUAACGCUGAAUCGGAUCAAAGGAGAGCAGAAGGCGACAGGAAUGAUGGUGAGCGGAGGCAGCAAGGUCUGGAUACGUCAGCAGGAGCUACAGGGAGUGAGAAAGGGGAUUGUCAUCAGCGAGGCUUCAGAGGUUUCUCUCUACGACUCCCGCAUCUUUCACCUCUCCUCCGACGCUGUUGCGAUAAGUGGCGAGGACUUAAUCGGGCUCGUCGGGUGUUCACUUGACUCUCUGGACAACAAGAUCAACUUCAACAACGGCGUUGGCUUGCUUGUCGACGAAGACUGCACCGGAUCCAUGGCAAGAAAUGAGGUCAUCAUUCCCUUGCUCUUCUCCUUGAAAUGA